CGCAUGAGCGUGACGUCGGGGCUCUGCGCCCUCCAACUGGCUCUCCCGGACGCGCCAUCGAGAGGUUACCUCCCUCCGUCACAGAAGCACAACAGAGUGAAACUGCAAGAACAUGAGGAAACAGGAGAUACAGGAAGGUGCAGAGGGCGUGUGCUGGUCCCUGAGGGACGGCGAUCCCCACCCCCACACCCUGUCCAGCUCCAGGAUGAACCCCACCCAACCCGCAGGCCACGGACCCCUGCCAGUCACACCACCCCCAACCGGGUGGGACUUGAGAGCCGGAGCCCCCGGGGGGCCCGCAGCCAGACAGCCCCAAGCAGCCUGGCCCAGGAGGAUGAAGGCAGCAGGCCUGAGAUUCUGGGCCACCUGCCGGUCCUCUGUCUGCUUCCUCAUCUUCAUCUUCCUGAUGUCCACUCUCUUCCACUGCCACCAGCGUCUGGCUCAGGUGCCCAGCCCCUGGGCCUCCCCGGCCCGUGUGGCCCUGGUCCCCAGAUACCUGGCCCAGGAGGGCAUGUUCACCAUCAAUUCCAGAGGGCGCCUGGGGAACCAGAUGGGCCAGUAUGCCACGCUGUACGCCCUGGCCAAGACGAACGGGCGGCCCGCCUUCAUCCCGGCCCAGAUGCACCGCACGCUGGCGCCCAUCUUCAGGAUCAGCCUGCCGGUCCUGCACGACGCCACGGCCAGCAGCAUCCCCUGGCGGAACUACCACCUGAACGACUGGAUGGAGGAGCAGUACCGCCACAUCCAGGGCGACUACGUGCGCCUCACUGGCUACCCCUGCUCCUGGACCUUCUACCACCACCUCCGCGACGAGAUCCUCCGCGAGUUCACCCUGCACGACCACGUGCGGGAGGAGGCGCAGCGGUUCCUGCGCGGCCUGCGGGUGAACGGCAGCCGGCCCAGCACCUUCGUGGGGGUCCACGUGCGCCGCGGGGACUACGUGCAGGUCAUGCCCAGGGUGUGGAAGGGCGUGGUGGCGGAUCCGGGCUACCUGCGGCGGGCCCUGGCCUGGUUCCGGGCCCGCUACCGCGCCGCGGUCUUCGUGGUCUCCAGCGACGACAUGCCCUGGUGCCGCCGGAACAUCGACCGCUCCCUCCGGGACGUGGUGCUCGCGGGCAGCGGCCGCCAGGGCUCGCCCGCCAGGGACUUCGCCCUGCUCACGCAGUGCAACCACAGCGUCAUCACCGUGGGCACCUUCGGCAUCUGGGCGGCCUACCUGACGGGUGGGCACACCGUCUACCUGGCCAAUUACACUUUGCCCGACUCCCCCUUCCGCUGGAUCUUCAGGCCGGAAGCGGCCUUCCUGCCAGAGUGGGUGGGCAUCGCGGCUGACCUAGGCCUGGCGGGAGAUAGACUCCUCUGGCCCCCCAAGCCCCUCCUCACCCCCGCCCACCCAGGCAGAGAGUUGGGGUGAGGGGCAUGCAGCGCCUGGGCCCGGGAUCAAGAUUCUUGAAUUUAAAGCCAGAUUCUUCUGCUGCCCGCCUGGUGACCUCUGACAACUGGCUUAACCUCUUUGUGCUUACUGUGCCCCCUGAAAAGUGAACCUCACAGAGAACUUGCUUACUCAGCUCUUGGGAGCACCAGAGGAAUUGGCUUAGUGGCACUCGUCGUGUGUACGGGGGUACUGGCCCACGUGGGGCUGGUGCACCCUGAACCUUUUCACUGCUUUAAGGUGCUUUUGUCCUCUCCUUUGUAGGUCCCGAGGCAGGUUCCCUGUCCUCAGGUGAAGGGGAACUCAGUGUGUGUGUUUAGUAGCUAAGAAUUCAGGCUUUGGGGUACAUGAGACCUUAUCCUGAAUGAAUAUAGGGGAUGAACCUGGGGGGGGAGGGGCACAUCCCCUAAAACUGAGGAGACAGGUAUUGAGCCCAGGCAGCCUGCGGGAGCAGAGAGGCCUCACCGUGACACUGACUCUCUGUCUACUCACCCACAGGCCAUCAGUGAGGGAGCAGCCAGCUAUCCCCAAGGGGUAACAGAGACCAGGAAGUUUGGACAGACUGACCUCCUGCACCCUGGGUUCUAAUGGUGACAUGAGAAAGCCCAGUAUGGGCCAAAAUUGGAUUAAGGCAUGACAAAGUGGUUGUCUUGUGUUAAGUGUAUUUUCAAGUGCAGAGAUAUGUGGCGUGGGCAACACCACACUGAUAACCAGGAGGCGUGGAGCAGGCUGCAAGGUGCAGAAUGCUGCUGCACACACAAGAUCCUGGCCUUCUCAUUGAUAGAAUAAUCACAUGGCAUCAGAUACGUGGGGCAGGAGGACAAGGAGAAAAAGAUGAGUGACACCAAAGAAUGUGUUUUUGUCAUGUAGGGCUUGGGGGGACAUGAGCCUGCUGACCAGAUAAUUCUUAGCUGCUUGACAACCAUCAAAACCAUACCCCAGAGGGGCCUCCCUGGUGGCGCAAGGGGUCAAGGGGUUAAGUCUUAGCACUAUGAAGCUAUCCGCAGUCACUGCAGCACAAGUUCGAUCCCUGACCAGGGAGGUGACCCACAUGGUGAUGCAGACCUCUCCUGUCUCGCCCGCUGCUCCCCUCAGCAAUGUAUUUCAGUCAGUCUGCCUGUUCUGUUCCCCACUCUGUCUCUGGUGAAUCCUCUUACACACAUCCCACCUCUGGCCUGUACCCCAGUUCUUGUAUGCAUAAAUAAAUGUUAAAAAAAAACAAACCCCAGACCCGUGGCCAUGGUUCCAAUCUUAUCAACAAGGCAUUCCACUGAUCACCUUCUGGGGUUCCAUGUCAUACAUUGGUCCUCGGCCCCCAGGGCGUUCCCAGUCACAUCUCGUGAUGCACACCCUUCCCGGGGUGAUCAAGCUUUCUGCUCUGAUUGAUUGGAAAGGCACCUUGUAAGGUUAGGAUCCUAUGGCUGAUUGGCCAGACAGUUCUGGCCUUGUCCAGGAAUGCAGAACUGCAGGUAACAGAGAAUGGUGGCUGAACAGGCUGCUUAAGUCUAGCAGACCCACAGAGAUGCCCGUGCUCUGUUUCAGUGUAAACCUCCUUCGGGAUCUGUAUAUUAGCAAAAACUCUUUAGAAUGUGGUCAUUUAUGUGUAUUCAAAAUGUCCACUCAACAUAGGUGUGCUGGUUUAGAAGACAUUUCAAUGGCAGCUUGUCAUUUGUUUUCGGUCCUUUCCAAGUGUCUUGCUUAUUUGAAGCCCCAUUUCCUGGGCGGCUACUGAGCUUGCACACCUUUUCUAUCGCGUGUUAACAAUACUGCAUAUUGGGCCUCCCCGGUGGCGCAGCGGUUGAGCGCUGGGUUGCGAAGCUGCCCGCAGCCUCUGCAGCGCCGGUUCGAUCCUCGGCUGCUCCCCGGCCACGGGAGGAGGGUCCCACAUGGCGCGCAGACCUCUCCUGCC